AUGGACCGUUUACUGCUCAGCGAUGACAUCUCAAACGGAAAAGAGAGGACGAAAAUCCCCGUGUACAACGAUUAUGAUGAUGAAGGGGUGCCAAAUUUCGUUUAUUUGAAUCGCUGUGUACCGGAACCAAGCGCUACAACGUCAAGAUGUUGCCCAGGCGCUUGUGAUGAGAAUUGUCCCUGCUCGUCUAAUGUUUACAAAGAUCAGCGCGUUCAACGGCCCAGCAAAUUGGCAAACAUUUUAACCGAAUGUGGCCCUGGAUGUUCCUGUGAUAUCGAUUGCUCAAAUAGGUUGUCACAGCAAGGUGUGCGCUACCCCCUAGAAAUCUUCAAAACGAAUGGUCGAGGAUGGGGCGUUCGCGUGAAAAGCACGAUCCCCAGUGGCGCGGUUAUUGCCGAGUACACGGGCGAAUUGUCAUUUGAUGAAAUGGUGGAACAAAAUGAGCACUCUUAUGGCACACUUUCUGGAGAGAAUGAUGUAAUAAUCAAUGCGACAAAUCAGGGAAACGUGACCCGCUUCAUAAAUCAUUCUUGCAAUGCUAACGUUUUUGCUGUACGUGUGAAACAAACGGGCGACCCGCUGGAGCACAUUGUGAUUUUCUGUAUCUAUAAAGUUUAUGAAGGACAGGAACUUGCUCUUAAUUAUGGGAAUCCUUGGUGGCAAAUAAUGGAAAGUCGCUUUAAUUUGAAAUGCUCUUGUGGUUCUACUACUUGUCGAUAUUCA